CAGAAACAGACUUUACAUUAUUGUAAUAGAGUUCAGGAUUCAUUUAAAUGGGUCAUAUCUUUUAAGAUAAAUUUUAUGUAAAUGUUUUUUGACUACUGGCGAUAAGUUACAAGUAAUUUUACAUUCAAAUCAGCCAGUCGCUUGCCUCAUUGUUGUUUUGCUCAAUUAUAUUACUUUUCUAAAGAAUAAUCAUGCUUAUCCUGAAAGGGACUAGUUUGAUCAGCGUCAAAAUAUGUGCGCCGCGAAAGUUUCUGCAGGCCAUGGCGCCGUAUUCGUCGAAAGUGUCUCUGAAUGAAGUGGUGAUAGCUUCAGCGGUGAGGACUCCUAUAGGGUCCUUCCGCGGCAGUCUGGCGAGCUUGUCGGCGUCGGAACUGGGAGCCGUGGCCGUGAAGUCCGCGAUCGAGCGAGCCGGCAUUCCCAAGGAGGAAGUCAAAGAGGUAUACAUUGGUAAUGUCUGCUCGGCCAACCUUGGACAGGCUCCCGCCAGACAAGCAGUCAUCUUCGCCGGUCUGCCAAAGAGCACGAUCUGCACCACUGUCAACAAAGUAUGCUCCUCCGGCAUGAAAUCCAUCAUGCUAGCGGCCCAAGGCCUCCAGACCGGAGCUCAAGACGUCAUGGUCGCCGGAGGCAUGGAAUCCAUGUCAAACGUACCCUUCUACUUGAAGCGAGGAGAAACCUCAUACGGUGGAAUGCAACUAGUCGAUGGUAUCGUCCAUGAUGGACUCACUGAUGUAUACAACAAAUUCCAUAUGGGCAACUGCGCAGAAAACACAGCCAAGAAAAUGAACAUUUCAAGGCAAGAUCAAGAUGAUUACGCUAUUUCAAGUUAUAAGAGGAGUGCUUCCGCUUGGGAAGCAAAGGCAUUCGCUGAUGAACUAGUCCCGGUCCCCGUGCCACAAAAGAGAGGCGCAGCGCCUGUCAUUUUUGCAGAAGAUGAAGAAUAUAAAAGAGUUAACUUUGAAAAGUUUAACAAGUUAUCAACGGUGUUCCAGAAAGAAAACGGUACAGUUACGGCCGGUAACGCGUCUACACUAAACGACGGCGCCGCAGCUCUAGUUUUGAUGACCAGGGAAGCAGCGGAGAGAUUAAAAGUGACACCCAUUGCGCGUGUAGUCGGCUUCGCCGAUGGUGAAUGCGAUCCUAUCGAUUUCCCUAUUGCACCCGCAGUCGCUAUACCUAAACUAUUAGAGAAGACUGGCGUUAAGAAAGACGAUGUGGCGCUAUGGGAGAUAAAUGAAGCUUUCAGUGUAGUCGCUGUUGCGAAUAAGAAGAUGCUCGAUAUUGAUGCUUCUAAGAUCAAUGUCCACGGAGGAGCAGUGAGUCUCGGUCAUCCUAUUGGCAUGUCGGGCGCGCGUAUCGUAGUCCACUUAUGUCAUGCUCUGAAGAAGGGAGAAAAAGGAGUGGCCGCCAUUUGCAAUGGUGGAGGCGGCGCGUCGUCUAUUAUGAUCGAAAAAUUGUAAGUUGCCGUAGUGUGAAUCUUUUAAUUUUUUUUAUAGUAUUGAUAUUGUAUUCUCUUGUGCCUUUUACAAAUAAGACAGCAAGGCAUCGGCCUGCAGGGUUGUAUUUUAUAUAAACGUUAGCUUUAAGACAGAAUUGUUUUCAACAAAUAUGUUUCACUUGUGUAAAUAUGAAAUAACUCAAAUAGCAAUCGUUAAAUAGUAAUUUAUUAUAUUAUAUCAUGAAAGACGUUAUUAAAUCAUUUAUUUGCUGUUUAUUAA